UCUUCUACUGCGAGGCGAGUAGAGCUGACAUGACAAACACGAGGAUACAGACCAUCAUUCUGCCUAAAGAUGGAAGUGUAGUCCAUAUACGUCCAGUUAAGCGAACUCAGAUAGCAAAUGUCGGAGACUCAGUUCGACUGGAGAUGCAACAUGUGAAUGCACCAAACAAAAACUAUAGAUGGCGGCAUAAUGGAAGAGACAUCCUCACCUCUUGGAAUGACCAGCUCAGUGUGUCUAUUGAUGAUGUUGCUGUGAGUGAUGGAGGAGUCUACAGCUGCUUUGCGUCUGACCAGGAGAAUCGACAACUGCAUGGCAUUAUGAGACUUAUUGUUCGAGGUAAAACAUAA